AUGUUGGCCUAUGUGGUCCUUCAUUUUGAUAAAUCACAGCAGUCCAGGACAUUGACAAACUUGCCUGCUCAGUGUGACAAACCUGGGGGACCGCACAAACAGUUCAAGGAACUCCUAUCAGCCAUUAACCAACCUGCUAAGUUAUACAUGAGCACAGCCAAUCGGCUGUAUGGAUCGAACACUCACGAAUUUCUCCAGCAAUACAUGGAGUGCAUUAAGGAGCUUUAUCAUGCAGAAUUGGAAACUGUUGACAUUGUGAAUGCCACGGAGGAAGUUAGAAAGAAAAUUAACUCCUGGGUUGAAAGUCAACCAAAUGCUACUGCAAUUAGUCUUGGUAAUGCUAUAUAUUUCAAAGAGUGGAAGACGGAAUUUAAUCCCAAGCACACACAAGAAGCAGACUUUUGGACCAGUAAGCAUUACUUUAUUCGUUAUAGGAGCCCGCAAAAAAGUGCAAUGAUGGUUUCAAUGGGCAGAUUUAAUUAUGCUAAAAAUAACAAACCCACCAAUGGAAGUCCUGAGAUUCCCUAUGACAAGAAAGAGCUAGGUAUGGUCAUCCUUCUACCGGACGAGAAUGGAACACCCGACAGAUUGCGAUGGCAACUCACUUAUGAAAAAUUUCAAGAGUGGACCAGUUCGACAGGCAUGCCGAACACAUCGAUCAGGGUUUCCCUGCAAUUCAAGGUGGAAGAAAGAUAUUCGCUCGGUUCUACUUUAAGUAAAAUGGGAAUGGAGGAUGUGUUUAAGUCAGACAAAGCUGAUUUAUCUGGCAUAGCUGGGAGUAGGGAUCUGGUUAUAUCUCAGGUUUAUCAUAAAGCUUAUGAAGUGAAUGAAGAAGGUACCGAAGUAGCUGCUGCUACUGGUGUAGUUGUAAUUCCUGUAAGUGCACAAAUCAUUCCCGAGUUUAAUGCGAAUCACCCUUUUUUGUUCUUUAUAAGACAUAAUGCCACCAACAGCAUUCUUUUUUGCUGGCAAAUUUUUCUCACCGUAAAUACCAGGGGCUGA